GAAAGAAUACUGUGCAGACAAAUAUCGAGAUGAAAAUUACCGAGCUGUUGAGGGAGCAGCUUGGAGGUAUUUCUCUAAGCAGAAAAAGUGGAAGCGUCAGCCCUCUAGCGACCGACAUCCGUGUGAAACCUGGUUACAAAAUGAGGGAUUGCUUAAUUUAAGUACACCCGUGUAUAUCCCAUAUCGACUGCCGGCACUGUUGCAAAUUGCAGAAGGCCGGGCGUUUCGAAAAAGCCUUUGUCAAGGGUGGCAGUUUUUUGGGUACGAUUGGAUUGGCCCAAAUAAGAUCUAUAAUAAUGCCACCUGUUUUUCCCCUACUGAAAAUUGGAUCAAGUGUGGCCAUGGGAAAAACAUUCAUGACUGCACUUGGUAUGAAAAGGUCGGAUCGGCACUUCAAGCGGCUAAAAACGCCGCGAUAGGUGUCUUUGGCGAUGUGAUUGCUGGCACUUUAGCAAUGGUGUUGAAAUAUUUGGGGGGAGGAAUCGUGAUGGCCAGUGUCAUAGUCGCCGUGGUGAUGGUGCGCGGCAUUGCCUUAAAAGGUGAUAGAAUAAGAAGGAUUCAACUUCCUCAAAUUAUGUGGGCAACAUCAAAGCAGAUUAUGACCCGCCCUGGAGGGGGGGGGUCAAGAUGUCUUCUUAAAAACAGGACCUCGGGCGGGUACAAGCUCAGAGAUUAGAGUGAGGAGAGAGAAAUACCAAGAGAAAAAUAAAGAGGAACUUUGAAAAGAGGAAUUAGAAAAAGAGAUGGCAAGUAAUGCAAGUAUUUUUCUUAACCCAGCUGGACGGCCCGGAGCCCUAAAAGUCGUGCGCCAAAUUGCAGAUGCGCCAGAAUGUAUCCUAUGCGGAGAGGAUCAUAUGAAAUUGGCCUGGGUGGUCGGGAAAACAUAUUUGGGGGAAUGCUGCUAUCCUGCUUGUUAUAACGUGGCGUGGAUAGUCCCAGACGGUGUUUAUGUGAAAGAGGGGGCGCGAUAUAGCUUGGAUCAUCUUAGAUGGGAGGGGUACGCGCAGUUAACAUCCACUGCAACCCUGCUCUGCACAUCUAGAGGGCCCCUAUCUGCAUGUACAAUUCUCCUAGAGGAGACUGGAGAAAUUCACGGCACCAUUUGGCCCCUAACCCGCAUGACAUGGCGUCAGCAGAACGGCAUUCGAUGUGUCACAUCGCAUUCGGAGUGUGGCCGCUGCUUGACCGUGAGUCCGGUUCAUCUGCCGCUGCCUAGUGACUUUUACAUCAGUCCGAAUACAGGGGGCGGCCCGCGUCAGGACGUGGAGCAGCCCAGCGGAGCUCCGGUGGGGCUUGUCCGGCCUGCGCGACGGCACCGCUGCUUUGGGCAUUGGUCCCUGGAUGGGACCUUUGUGGAGUACGGAGCGCCGUGCGAUGAAUGCGCAGAUCGUCAAGAUCCUGGCCCCAACAUCGGAAUCCCCCCGCUGUCGCCACCUACUGAUCCUCGACGGAGAGCAAUCCCCGUAGAUGUGGAUACAGCUCCGUCUGAGUCCGAGGACGACGUCGAGAUUGGCGAGGAGCGCGGAGAUGAGGCUGACGAUGAAGAGGAGGAAGCAGACACGGAGAGCACAGCCGCAGGGAUUUCAACACCUCCCUUGCUGAGACUCCUCGCGUUGGAGGCUCAGAGGGACGCGGAUGACGGCCCUUGUGACCGCUUGACCCGGGUGAUGGACGCCCUUGAGGAGUUCUCCAAACAAGGGGCUGCUACAGCCGCUAGCCCUACAUCUACGUCCGUUGAGGUUGUGAAUAUCUCCGACGAGGAAAUGGCUGAUUAAGGCCCGGGGUGGGUUGUGGACGGGGAAAUUUAUUACCUGUCUCUCAAUCCAAGGGGGCCGUGUCAUGUAACAUGGGAAUUGGGAAACAAAUGGUGCAAGAAAAAAAUGAGUAUGGAUUGCUCCCAGGAAUAAAUUGGCAGGGCGGACAUUCCAAAUUUUAAACAGCAGAUGGGGCAAAAUCGGAGUUAGGUAUUAGGGAGUGAAUUGGCCAAACUGGAAUUCCAAAAUUUUCCAAAAGAUGGUGCCAAAUCGUUGCCAGAAACCAAAAUUGAGCGUGGUCUGAUCGAUGGAACACACACGAGAGCACAAAGGUGGUUUUUAUUAUUCUUUUAAUUGUAUUUUAUUUUACUAGCUUGGCUGAAAUAUAUUCUGUAACCGCUUAAAGCAAUAUUAUCACAGAAUUGGACUAAGCUGCCCACCCUUAUGAGAAUAGGGGUGUGUUAAAAAGGGUCAAACAAAUGAGUUCUUGGUUUUAUUAUUUCAUUUUAUUUUUUAUAUUUUAUUUCAAUUGCUUGGCUGAAAUAUAUUCUGUAACGGCUUAAAGCAAUAUUAUCACAGAACUGGACUAAGCUGCCCACCCUUAUGAGAAUAGGGGUGUGUUAAAAAGAGAAAAGAAAGAAAUCAAUUCAAAGGCUUUGAUUUAUUUUGAUUUAAUGGUUGACCAAAGUCUGACUUUAAAGUAUUGGUUUUAAAAAAGGAGAAGUAAAGAAAAGAGGAAGUAGGGUGCCUGCCAAGGGGGUUUCCACAGUAUUUCGGUGGAAAGAGUGAGCCGGAAACAAGCUGCCCGGAAAAACCGCAGGGGAUAAGCGUGGGAAGCUGGACAGUAUAGAAGCCGUAGGCGUGGGAAACUGGACAGUAUAGAAGCCGUAGGCGUGGGAAACUGGACAGUAUAGAGGCCAGCGGAAAAGGGAAGGGCCAGAGAAGUCUAUAAAAAGGCCACCCUGGCCAUCGACAGGGCUCUCUCCUGGACCGCGGUCAUAGUGAACAGAAGCCGGUAGGAGUUUCAAGACUUUUUCCAAAGCCUUCGAGAUUUUUGUGUAAGACGCAAGAUUGCUGGCACGGAUUAACUUGGAUUUACUCAAAAGAAUUGGACUGGACAACUUUGCUUGAGAAACUAGGUGAGAGGACCGACUCCUUCUGUAUUUCCGUGCGGGAAGGGAGCCAAAUUAUCGGGGUAGUGGGAUCCCCUCAUGGCCAAAACUAGUUUCUAAAUUAGAUUUUUAGAGAUAAAAUCGAAUUGAUCACUCGACUUUAUUUCCACCAAAAAAUAACCCCCAAUUGGUACCCUCAUUUUCCUCUUUUCUGAUUUAAUUAAUGCAAUCAAAAUUACUCCAGGAUUGAAUGAUUGUAUUUGCAAGGGCAUCAGUGAGUGGAAUUGUUCAGUUUUUGGAGGAUUGUGAUUUGUAAUUUUAUUUCAUGUUUCUUCAAUAAAAGAGUUGUAUAUACUCAUUUAA